GAAGAUGGUCAGAUUCAGAUGGUUUGUAAAGCGCCGCAUUCGCUCGAGGUAGGACAUGGAGUCGGAAACAAAAGUCGAACACAAAGUCGAUACAGUUGGUGUUUAUAACUACGAUGACGCCGUCGAAUUAACAGGCCAUGGCCGCUAUAACUAUCUCGUCCUGUUCACGUGCUGUAUCAUCCACCAUGCUGUGGCGCUGGACAUGUUCGGCUUCAGCAUGGUGCUCGCCGCUGCCACCUGUGACCUGCAGAUUGGUAUUAAAGAGACUGGGAUUCUCGCUUCAGCACCAUUUGCAGGUGUUUUCUUCGCCUUUCCUUUUGGCUACUACGCAGACACCGGCGGCAGGAAACGUGCGCUGCUAUUGUCUACCAUUGUUGGCUUCACCUUCGCAGCACUCAGCAGCUUCUCGAUCAACUGGGAAAUGAUGCUCGCCUUUAAAAUAAUUGGAUGCAGUUUUUCCACAGCUUCCUUCGCUUUGACCAUGGCGUACCUUGGCGAGUGUGUCAGCAGCAAGCACCGGAGUCGGUAUCUUAUCAUCAUGGUCAGCAUGGACCUCGCCUGCGAAGUUGUUUCAAAUGGUAUCGCGUAUUUUGUCCUGCCUCUCACUUUCCACUGGCCAAUACCUUGGCUCUUUAUAACUUAUAGUCCUUGGAGAUUGUACACUUUGAUAUUAGCUCUGCCUUUAGGAAUAGGUGCUUUACUUCUUCUCUGUCUAUAUGAAAGUCCCAAAUUCCUAGCUAAUAAAGGAGAUACUAAAGAAGCUUUGAAAUUAUUACGAAGUAUUUAUAUCAUUAAUGGUGGAAUUGAAGAGAAAUUUCCGGUGAAACAAAUUAAACAACCGGAAGAAAUAAACAGCAAAAAUGACACAAUUUGGUCGUCAUUAAAAAAGCAAACUGUGCCAUUGUUUCAACCGCCAUUGUUGUGGAGGACUUUACAGUUGUUUUAUCUAAUGAUUUUAUGUUCUACAACAAAUAAUGUAUUCGCGAUGUGGUUUCCGACUAUGGUGAAUUUAUUUUUCAACUCAAUAUCUGACGCCUCAUCAAACUCCGGAUUUUGUGAAAGCGUUGUCCAGAACGUUACAAUGAAUACACAUAAUGUUGAUAAUCUUGAAUGUGACGAUUUCAUGUCUUCCAAUACAAUUUACUCUGGUAUCAUACUUGGACUUAUAAUAUCUUCUUUGAACCUGUCUGUCUCUACCCUGGCUUCUUGGAGACGUUCGGUAUUGAUCGGUUGUUAUAUAGUAUCAGGAGUUAGUUGUGUGCUUGUUGGUUCGUUAUCACAUCCGAUCGCUAACAUAACCUUCUUUAUCUUGAUACAAACGUCUGCUAUUGGAGUGGGAAGUGUUGCGUCUUACUUCGUGGAUCUUUAUCCGACGUCAUACAGAGGUCUGGUGACGAGCUUGGGCAUGAUGAUGACCCGCCUGACGUCCUUCGCAGGGGUCAAUGUACUCGGCGCUGUUUUUGUUGACCACUGUAACUUGAUCUUCUAUUCUUGGGCAAUUUUCGUUUUAAGUGGGGUUGCGGUAGCUCUGUUCCUGCCGUCUGACAAAAGGAAAUGAUUAUAUAUAAUAAAGUUUCUAAAACAGAAA